CAGCCAUUCAUUCGCUCGCUGGGUAAACUGACAGGUUGAUCCAGUGUUUCAGAGAUCGUUGAAUCCCCCCCUUCCCCCUUCCAGCAUGGCUGCAGACUCGAUGGAGAUUGACGACUCUCUUUACAGCCGCCAGCGAUAUGUGCUUGGAGAUAGAGCGAUGCACCAGAUGGCCCAGUCAUCAGUCUUUCUCAGUGGAAUGGGAGGACUGGGAAUUGAAAUAGCAAAAAAUAUUGUCCUGGCUGGGGUGAAGGCAGUGACCCUCCAUGACACAAAGCAGUGUGAGACCUGGGACCUGGGCUGCAACUUCUUUAUUCGCAAAGAAGAUGUUUUAAGCCAGAGGAGGAGGGUAGAGGUGGUGUGUCCUCGUGUUGCAGAGUUAAACCCGUAUGUGCAUGUUGACAUAUCGUCCUCCGCGCUGGACGACAACACCGAUCUCAGUUUCCUCAGAAAGUAUCAGUGUGUGAUUCUGACUGAAGCCAGACUGAAUCUACAGAAGAGAGUCAACGACUUCUGCCACUCACAGCAGCCGCCUAUUCGAUUCAUCGGCUGUGACGCAUACGGCAUUUGCGUGCGGGUGUUUUGUGAUUUUGGAGACGAGUUUGAAGUGUCAGAUCCCACAGGAGAGGAACCCAAGGAGAUCUUCAUUCAAAAUAUCACUCAGGACAAUCCUGGCGUGGUAACGUGCAUGGACAACCAGCCACACGGCCUCCAGACCGGCCAGAGUGUAAUCUUCAGAGAGGUUGGAGGCAUGGUGGAGCUUAACGGCACGACGCAACAGGUUUCAGUCCUCUCCCCCCACAGUUUUGCAAUAAGAGACACAUCUCUCCUACAACCAUAUGCACAUGGAGGGUUUUUUGUCCUGGUCAAAACCCCGAAGACGUACAGAUUUGAAACAUUAGAGCAGCAGUUGUGUGACCCUCAGGUCCUGAUUCCAGACUUCAGUAAACCAGAGGCCCCACUUCAAAUACAUGCGGCCAUGUUGGCUCUGGAGACUUUCCAGGAGCAGCACAGCAGACUUCCCAAUGUGGGGUGUUUACAGGACGCUGAUGUUCUGUUGAAGCUGACCGAGGAAGUAAAUGCAACCCUUAAAAACAAGGCUCCUGUUAAUACUGAGUUGGUCCACUGCCUGUCCAGGACAGCAAGAGGAACUCUUCCUCCGUUGGCAGCUGCUGUCGGAGGUGUAGCCAGUCAGGAAGUUCUUAAAGCCAUCACAGGGAAAUUUGCACCCCUGCAGCAGUGGCUGUAUCUUGAUGCAGUGGAGGUCGUCAGGCCGCUCCAGGCUCUUGCUACAGAGGAGUUCUUCCCCAGGGGCGAUCGCUAUGAUGGAUUACGAGCUUGUAUUGGUGAAUCAAUGUGUCUUGAACUACACAAGCUUAGGGUUUUUAUGGUCGGCUGUGGUGCCAUAGGAUGUGAGAUGCUUAAAAACUUUGCCCUGCUUGGGGUGGGCUUAGCAAAGAGCUCAGGAGAGGUGUGCAUCACGGACCCAGAUCUCAUAGAAAAGUCAAACCUCAACAGGCAGUUUCUCUUCAGACCACAUCAUAUUCAGAAACCGAAAAGCACCACAGCAGCAGAGGCCACCUGUGAAAUCAACCCUGACCUGCAGGUGGAAGCUCAUCUCAACAAAGUGUGUCCGGCUACUGAAAACAUCUACAACGACUCUUUCUACUCCUCCCUCAACCUCGUGGUCACUGCUUUAGACAACGUGGAGGCACGGAGAUAUGUGGACAGCCGCUGCGUAUCCAAUCAGAGACCUCUCCUGGACUCAGGAACCAUGGGAACUAAAGGACACACUGAAAUCAUUGUGCCAAAUUUGACAGAAUCCUACAAUAGCCAUAGGGACCCGCCAGAGGAGGAGAUCCCGUUCUGCACUCUCAAGUCUUUCCCUUCUGUUAUCGAGCACACCAUCCAGUGGGCCAGAGACAAGUUUGAGAAUGCCUUUGUCCACAAGCCCUCCUUGUACAACUCCUUCUGGCAGACCCACUCUUCAGCCGAAGUCGUGUUGCAGCGCAUGCAGACUGGAGAGAGUCUGGAGGGCUCCUUCCAGGUCAUCAAGCUGCUGAGCAGGCGGCCGAGUCGGUGGGAGCAGUGCAUCACUGUCGCCCGCCUGAAAUUUGAAAAGUAUUUCAAGAGAAAGGCUCUUCAGCUGUUGCACUCAUUCCCGCUGGACACAAGGUUAAAAGACGGAAGUUUGUUUUGGCAGUCUCCAAAAAGGCCUCCCACACCUAUUGAAUUUGACUUGAAAGACUCUUUGCACUUCACGUUUAUCGUCAGCACUGCGCGGCUCUUCGCUGGCAUCUACAACAUCUCUUACACAGAAAAGGAUCUUUCCGAAGAGACGGUGGCCAGGAUCCUGGCGACGGUCAAGAUUCCCCAGUACUCGCCGUCAGAGAAAUGUAUCGAGACGGAUGAGUCGGCGAAGAAGCCCGACCAGAUGAAGAUGCCUGUGAGCAGCGAGGAGGAGCGGGAGGCCAUCGUGCAGCUAGAGGAGGCUAUUGCUACUGACAGAGUCACACCAGAGGGCUUACAGAUGAGUCCACUCCAGUUCGAGAAGGACGACGACAGCAACGGACACAUGGACUUCGUCACGUCGGCGUCGGCUCUCAGGGCCACCAUGUACUCCAUCGAGCCGGCUGACCGACUGAAGACCAAGCGCAUCGCUGGCAAGAUCAUCCCCGCUAUCGCCACGGCAACAGCUGCCGUGGCAGGCCUGGUGGCUCUGGAGUUAAUCAAGGUGGUCGGGGGUUACGAGUUUGAAUCCUUCAAGAACUGCUUCUUCAACUUGGCCAUUCCCGUGAUCGUCCUCACCGAGCCUGCCAUCGUGAAGCGGACGCUCAUCAGGAACAACAUCUACUUCUCCAUCUGGGACUGUUGGACCAUCUUCGGCCAUGAGGACUUCACCCUCUCUGAAUUCAUGAAUGCAGUGAGGGAAAAGUAUGGGAUUGAACCCACGAUGGUGGUGCACGGUGUGAAGAUGCUUUAUGUGCCUGUGAUGCCCGGACACUCGAAGAGACUAAAGCUGACGAUGCAGAAGCUGAUCAAGCCAUCGGUGGACCGACGCUACGUUGACCUCACCGUAUCGUUCGCCCCAGAGGCAGACGGAGACGAGGACCUCCCCGGUCCCCCUGUCAGGUACUACUUCAGCCCCGGGGCCGGGACGCCCUGACACCGCCUGAGACGACGCCCUCAGGCCUCCUGUGUCCUUAUUGCCCUUCUUUCAUGUAAAUUGUCGCCCCACCCAGAAAGCUAGCGCAGGGCCGAGAGUUUUCCCUCAGGAUGUUAUAAGAUAGAGGCAAAGCUCGUGGCCCCGGCUCAAACCCCGCCCCCCCCCCCCCCCCCCCCAACCACCACCACCUUCAUGAAGCGAGAAAGGCCCGCUGUGGCCCACAUUCUCUUGCCUCAAAUCUAGCCAGUGGAACACAAGGCUGCUGAAGUAGCACUGUAAGUGUACCUGUGUACAUAUGUUUUCUCUGUUCUUUUUCUACUCCGGUGAAAUGCACAGCCCUGCCUGUGGCGAUGCCUUAAUUGAUUAUUAAUCUUUUUUUUUUUUUUUUUUUUUUUGUGGCCGUGAGUCUGACUAAAAACUGUGUUUACAGUACCUCCCUACACACACCACCAUUUGUUUUUGUUUUUUGUUUCAUUUUUGUUUUCACAAUGGUAAGAGCAGGACUGUUGUUGCAGUCAGUAGGAAUCACAUCAUAUCAGGCCACAUAUUUUAGCAUCUGUUGAUCACCCCCCCCACACACUCACGGAAACAUGUCCAGCCAAUAUUUGUCGUACGAUUGAACAAUGCAACAGGUCAGCGGACAAUAAGAAAACCCACCAAAGAAACCGUUUGUCAUUGUGUCUGCUGAUAGCUGUUCUUCUCUGAUCACUUCUGACUGCCUCAUAAGAUGCAUGUUUAUAUCACAGGGGAUGGAUUUCAGUGGAACGCACACCGGCAGCGGCUUGACGCAGACAGUCAUCUGCUUCAGCAAAGCAACCGUUUUAUCAGUCAGUGCGAGCAGAUGUGCGUUUCACUGGAAAAGUGGGUAAAACAGUAACUGUAGCCGCUCGUCUGACCGACUGCGUUCAGUACUUUGGUAACAACGGCGCCAUCGUCGGCUGAGGAAAACCGGAUGUUGUUCGUCGGGUUGAUUACUGGCAUGUGUUCAAUGACUGUUUCACAAAUAGAGAAGCCUUAUUUUGACAAACCUGAAACAUCUGUACCGUUAUCGAUCGCACUCCCAUUUGGAAAGAAAAAAAUGUUUUUUUGAUGUCUGUGACAUGUAUUUAUUUACUUGUUACUCUGUUUUGUGUCAAACUGAGCCUGUGUCGACGGCCUCCUUGGCGUCACGGUGCACUGGUUAAUCAAUACUGGACAACGGUCACUCAAAGUGUUCAUCCCGGAGAACGAAUGGCAACCCCUUCCUUCAGCUAGUUGAACAGGAUCUCUGAAAAUAUCUACACUGACUUUAAUCUGAAAGAAUGCUGGUGUCGGAUGGAACCAGAGAUCCAUCUAAAGAUUUAAAAAAAAAAAAAAAAAAAGUUAUUCACCAUUUAGAUCGACUCUGUGGUCCGACGACAAACAAUCAAAAGGAUUUUCUGAUAUUUUAUUUCUCUGCCCA